AUCCGAUCAGUCUCAUACUUGUUAGAAUUCCAAUGACCAUGUCCACAUACUUCACAUAUCUUCAGAGAAGACAAGAAGGCUUCCUUCUGUACGCUGUUCUCAAGAUGCUGGAGUUCAUAAGCAGACAGUCCACAGCAUGUAUUCUACGAUACCCCCAAACAAACACAGUAGUAACCAGCUGAUCAGAACCAAGAAUCAAAAUGAGCUGACAUUAUCUGAAAGGCAUUUCUUGCUAAACACUACCAAAAAUCAAUUGUCAAUACAGUUAAAACUGCUGAGUCAUAAGAACAGUCAAGUGUCUGUGUCCUCACCUUGUUGUUUAGGUGAGAGAUGUCAUCCUUGGCGUUGUGGGGGCGUAUAGGUGCCAGGACCCAUCCAAAUAUUAUUCAGUUAGUUUAAUCAAUGAUCAAAAAUGAUAAACAUAAAAUUUCCAUAACACCAUAAUAUAUAUUGGUCUGUGUGUGUGUUGGUUUCCUAUAUGUGUUCAUGUUUAGGGUCCCGUCGGUCUGCCUGGUUACUUUCAUGUCCAUAAAAGCUAUGCUGCCUUCUGUUUCUGACUCAUAUGUGAACUUUAUGUUGCCUGUGUCGUCAAUGUUAUUCGAGUGUUGUGUUAGUGUUUCUGUUUGUCCUUUUGGUAUGAUUUCCAGUAUGUCGUCUACGUAGCGUUUCCAUAGUCUUAUUUAGCAGUUUUUUGGGGGGGCUAUGGCUUUUUGUUCUAGGUCUUCCAUGAAAAACUCGCACAGGGUGGCUGAUAACGGGUUACCCAUGGCGAAGCCUUCCAGUUGUUUGUAUAUUGUGUCAUCGUAUGUGAAGUAAGUGGAGUUAGUUACCAGACCUAUCAGUUGUGCUACGUCAUCUGCUGUGAGGUUUUUUCUAAAUGGAGUAGGAAGUGUCGCCACCAUCAGCGUUAGCUCUGAGGAAGUCCGCAGCCGCGAACAAAACUGUCAGCAGCAAGGUAAAAAGAAACCUUUCCUGUGUUUUAAAAAAGAACCAACCAUGCAGUUAGAAAAGCAGCACAGUAAGAACAUACCAAAGAUGACCAAAGAAACGCUCUGGUUUCAGGAGCUUUAAACAAACAUCCCUCAUGUUGAGGGGAGGUAUAGCCAUUUUGUCAGAUCUAAUGGAAAAAUGUGCCCAUAUCUUAUUAUUUGUUAUCAUGUGCUACAACUAGAUCUCAACUCAAUACCAGCAACGUGAGUCAAAGCCAUUUUUGUGUUUUUGUGAAAUGCGGUCUUCUCGAACUCCAGCUGCUAAUUCCAAAGAUUUAAACAAAUAUAUGGUGAGAUCAGAUUGAAGGUAAAUUAGUAACUAGUGACUAUCUUAGAUCUGCUUGAUUCAAAAGCCAGAUUAACUUCCAAUGGUUAUUUUCUGAGUUGAUUAAAACCCCUCUGGACAUGCGACAAGCGUCUGAUAAGCGUGUGUCCCUUCUUUUAAACAGAAACAGCCUGAUUCUGACUGUCAGGACUUGUGAGGCCUCGCAGGAACAACCUUGUCAUCUCAGGCUGUACAUACUGACCAAGCAGCCGUUCCUCUGGCUAGGUUCACCCCCGUUAUGACCCACAUCAGCAUAAUUCAAGCAUGACCCUCCUCCCUCCUUCCCUUUAUUUGCCGCCUUUCUCUCUCGUUAAAACCCAAGCCUCUGUUUAGGGUCCACAUCAUACAUCAUCCAGACUGGGGGGUUGCUUCCUCCCUCCCCCCUUCCCCGCGUGUCGUGGGAGAGAAUCAGCCUUUUUUCUUUGCCUUUCUUUUUUUAGUUAGGCUGAUGGAAAGCUUUCAUCAACAAUCUCAAGACUUUGGUUGCACUGAGCUCCGCUCCAUCUGUAUGGUCACAGUUCCGUCAGAUCCAAACACGCGUUUGGUCUUGUUACAGUGAGGGAUCAAACAGUAGCACCAACAACAACGCUUUGGCCCAGUGCUGGGGGACUGUCCUAAGCAGUUUGAUGCUCCACAGUUUUCAGCAGUAUUAGCAAUUAAGCAGAUUGUCUGUGGCUGGCAGAACGAGCUUACAGCAGAAGCAACACUCAAGAGAUUUUCUCCCAGCAGGAGAUCCGCGCUCCCACCCAGAGUUCUGCUCAGAUUAUUGCUCCCAGCUGAUCGUCACAAAUCAGCCAUUCUACAGGUGCAUCGAACAUCCCAAACAGCGCUGAUGAGGCUCGCAUUCCUCCACUGUGCUUUGUGCACACCCGGUGAAUAGACUUCAGAUGGGGCUUUGUGGGAGUGAUUGUCAGUAGCUUAAUGAGCUUCUUUGCCAAGCUAAAGGCUUUGCCAACAUAUGCGUAGAGCGGGCUCAGCACUCCGCUUGUCUGCAGAAAUCAGAGCUCUCCAAACGUGGUUUACUUUAUUCUGGAUUCUAUUACCUGGAAAAGCAUUGCUGCUCAUCUCAUGGGGGCCGAGGCUGAAAACAGAAUCAAAUCCUGUACGGCAUCUUCAGCCCACCAGAGAAAUGAACUGAGGAGAGGACUGGUUUUUCAGAGCAUCUGAGAUCCUACAGUGAAACCAUGAGGUUGCAGAGAAGUCCAGCACUUGCAGCCGUGCUGAUCCUCAUCACCUGUGUUUGUGCCUUUUAUACAACAGCAGCCAUCAACAUUCCACUGGAGAUUGAACAGCCGCCCACCAUCACCGCUCAGCCACCCAGCUCCCUAAUCGCCUUCCCUUUUGAUGAAAGUUUCCCCAUGACGUGUGAAGCCAAGGGGAAUCCCAGGCCAGAAUUCAGAUGGACAAAGAACGGCCAGGAAUUUAACCACUCCGUAGACCCCCGCCUGAUGAAAGAGGAGAAUUCUGGGACCUUUGUGAUACCUAAUAAUGGGAACCUGACAGAGUACCAGGGUACCUAUCGCUGUUACGCUUCAAACACACUGGGGACCGCCGUAUCCCAGGAGGUUGAGUUCAUUGUGUCCAAUGAACCAAAAUUCCCUAAAGAGACUCUAGACCCUGUGAAGGUGGAUGAAGGUCAGCCUUUUAUUUUGAAAUGUGACCCACCCACUGGUAUUCCUCCUCUGCAGAUCUACUGGAUGACUAUCAACAUGCAGCACAUCCAGCAGGAUGAGAGGGUGUCUGUGGGUCUGAAUGGUGACCUUUACUUCUCCCACGCCGUGGAGAAGGACAGCAGGACGGAUUACUGCUGCUUCGCCUCCUUCCCGAGAAUACGCACCAUCGUUCAGAAGACUGCCAUGUCUGUCCAUGUUAAACCAAGGGCACGUGACAGUUCUGAGAGUGCUAAUGCCAUCCUGGAGAGGAGACCCUCGCUUCUGACGCCCCCUGGUGUCCAGUCAGAGAAGCAGCUGGUUAAAGGCGAUGACUUGGAGCUGGAGUGUAUUCCAGAAGGAAUUCCAACUCCAAAGGUGGAGUGGGUGAAGAUCGGCCUCGGGCUUCCCGAUGGAGCUGAAGUGGAGAAUCAUGGGAAACUGCUGAUCAUUCCAAGAGCUGACCAGAAGGACAGUGGGAAAUAUAUGUGCAAAGCAAAGAACCCACUGGGGGAAGCAGUCCAUUACUUCACUGUGACAGUGGAAGAACCUCCGGAGUGGGUGUCAGAGCCUCAGAGUCAGCUCAGUAUGAUCGGAACAGACGUGCUCAUCAAGUGCUCUGCCAGAGGGACCCCAGAGCCCAGCAUCACUUGGAGGGUGAACGGAGUACCUCUGAAGGAUUCCCCAGCGGCCAACAGGAGGAUAUUUGAUGACACCAUAAUAAUCCGUAACUCCAAAGCCUCUGACAGCGCCGUCUAUCAGUGCGAGGCCUCCAACCGGCACGGGAGCCUCUUAUCCAACGCAAACAUCAUGAUCAGGAAUCUACCGCCCAUGAUUCUGACUAAGGACGGAGAAGGUUAUUUUGCAGUGGAGAGCAGAGGAGUGAUGCUCCACUGUAACGCUUUCAGCUCGCCCCCUUCCACCAUCACUUGGAGUAAAGAUGACUCCUCUGAAUCUGUGGAAGGUUCUAGAUUUAAGAUUCAUGACGACGGCUCGUUGGAGAUCUCCAGAGCAGAGAAAAGUGACGCAGGACAGUACACGUGUUUGGCAAAAAACACGGAGGGAUCAUCCAACAUCGACGCCAUGCUUUAUGUUAAAGAUGCCACUAGAAUCGUAGUGACCCCAGAGGACCAGCAGAUCUUAAAAGGCUCAGAGGCCCAGCUCUCCUGCCUGGCAGAGUAUGACGAGUCCUUCAGCCACGACUUUGAACUCGUGUGGGAGAAAGACGACAUAGAGAUCUCUUUCAACGACACCGUGAAUCUACGAUACUUUGUGGAGGAUAGUGUUCUUCACAUCGUCAAUGUGAGCCACGGAGACCAGGGGGUGUAUAGAUGUGUGGCUCGGACUCCGGUGGACCAGGAUGAAGCCUCGGCCCUCCUCAUGGUGUUAGAUGUUCCCGAUGCUCCGGAAAACCUGGUUCUGUCUGAACACAGGGGCAGGAGUGUGAAACUGACAUGGAUCCCUGGAGACGAUCACAACAGCUCCAUCACAGACUUCAUUAUCGAGUAUGAGGAAAACAAGUGGGAGAUGGGGAAGUGGAGGGAGCUGCUCCGAGUAUCCAGGAACCAAAACUCAGCUGUCCUGAGACUCCACGGCCACGUCGAAUACCGUUUCCGAGUCUACGGCGUGAACUCUGUAGGAGCAGGGCCUCCUAGCAAGCCUACAGAGAUGUACAGAACCCCCCCUGCAGCCCCAGACAAGAACCCUGAAAAUAUCAAAAUCGAAGGUCAUUUGCCACAUGAAAUGGAUAUCAACUGGGAGCCCCUGUUGCCCAUUGAGCACAAUGGCCCUGGUCUGGAGUACAAGGUCAGCUACAGGCGCCAGGACGUGGAGGAGGAAUGGACCGAACACACUGUGAAGAGACACUCGUUUGUGGUUAAGAACACCCCCACGUUUGUGCCGUAUGAAAUCAAGGUCCAAGCCAAGAACAACCAGGGGUGGGGCCCGGAGCCCAGGAUCGUGAGCGGCUACUCAGGAGAGGACUUUCCCUCAACUGCACCUGACGAUGUAGCUGUGGAGGUGAUGAACAGCUCUGUAGUCAAGGUUACCUGGACACCAGUACACAAGGACAAGCUGCGUGGACACUUGGGAGGCUACAGGAUAAACUGGUGGCGGCUGAGGAGUUUAGUGGACUCGAAGAAACGCCACGGAGACAAACACAUGCUGACGUUCCCCGGGGAUCGGAACCACGCCACUGUGCCGGGACUGACGCCUUUCUCUGAGUACAGCCUCAUCGUCAUGACCUUCAACGGGCGGGGCAACGGCCCCGGCAGCCAUCCCAUAAACUUCAAAACCCCAGAGGGAGUCCCAGAGAAAAAUCCAGUUUUCAGAGUCACAGAUGUACAGAGGCAUUCCAUCUCUCUGACCUGGACCCCUCCUUCAGAGCCUAAUGGGAUCCUCACCGGAUAUCUCCUGGAGUACCAGCUUAUCAAUGGCACAGAAGAAGUUGGGGCCCUGCAGACCAUCGACAUUAACAACCCCAAGACAUCUAAGUGGGUCCUGCGUGACUUGGAGCCUCUGAGCAAAUAUAAGCUGUAUCUUCGCUCCUGCACCACAAAGGGCUGUGGGCCUGUUGUCAGUGAGGAGUGCACCACUGACUUGGAGACAACUUCUACUUUGGUGCCCAGUCUUGACCUCAGUGAGUCAGCUUCCACCCCAGCUCCGAGCACGCCAAAGCCCCACAAGACCAAACCCACUCGGUCCAGCAUAGCCCCACUCCUGUUCAAUGUCAGCUUGGCUGCUAGCAGCAGCUUUGCAAACAUCAGCUGGAUUUCUGGAGGGGAGCAUGCCGAGUUUUACAUUGCAUAUAAGAACAAACGUGAGGGCCACUGGAAGAUUUCAGAGGCCCUGAACACCUCUCUGACCUCCCACACCAUCGACGGCCUCGAACCUGAGACCGAGUACAUUGUGCGGCUCAUUCCUAUCAGCCGGGUUGAUAAUUAUAGCAUAUUUGAAGAUGUAAUCACGACUCCAGGUCUGGCCAGCGUCCACGGGGGCAUAUCCACCCAGGGCUGGUUUAUCGGCCUGAUGUGUGCCAUCGCUCUCCUCACACUCAUUGUGCUGAUCGCCUGCUUUGUCAACAGAAAUAAAGGAGGGAAGUAUUCUGUAAAAGAAAAAGAAGACCUUCAUCCAGACGUGGAGUCCCAGGGCAUGAAUGAUGACACUUUCUGUGAGUACAGCGACAAUGACGAGAAGCCGCUGAAGGGCAGCCAACACUCCCUGAGUAGGGAGAUCAAAGCGGGGGACAGCGGGGACAGCCUGGUAGACUACGGUGAUGAAGAUGCUCAGUUCAACGAAGAUGGCUCCUUUAUUGGCGAGUAUGGGCCACGGAAGGAGAAGAGGGUAUCCGCUGAGAUCAAAGCUCCCGUUCAGACUCCAGCAUGAGGAGCGGAGUGGCCACCCAGACUCCUCCUCCUGCUCCGGACUCUGAUUUUAUUACACCUGCUGGAAUGAACGGGAGCGAGGAACCACGUUCAUAUGAGCACAUUUGUGUCAAACGUAAUGUGUCAUUGCCAACUGUCACACUCAUUUUAUAAAGCUCUGUUUCGUCAUGUUGCAACAGUGACCAUUACUAAAUACCAUGUAUAUAUAGUGUAUAUUGUAUGUGCUGAGUGUCUUUUUUUAUAAUUAUUACAAUAAUUAGAAGACAUGAUUCCCUUUCUUUUCUGUAUUAUUUUGUUUUCAUUUCCAUGGUAUAAGCUGCAGCGUUUGUACAGAUGUUUAAUGUAAAAUGUCACACUUUCCAUUGUUAAAUGAAACUUUGAGAUUGCCGUGGAGCAGAUAUCAAACACGUGGGUGUAAGCUGAUAUUUUUCAAGUUGAGCAGUUAUUACUGACCUUUUCUAUUUCAAAUGAUUCGUUAAAUAUGAUGUAAGAUGUGUAUAAAAGUUUGCCAAUUAACUUAUUUUUUCAGUGGUUUUAUACCUGAAAAAAUAUCAAGAAGAGUCGGUCACAUAUCGUCGCGUUACCGUUUGUGUCACGAGUCAGGACCUUCCUCAGUUCCGUUUCUAAAGCCGGUCUGGGAGCAUUUACAUCCAGUCUUAUUUAGCGUGACUGCCCAGCACUCAUCACUGCCGAUGCUGACAGAAAUGUUGGAACAGGGAAUCCAUUCCAGGUUCUAAUUACCCAGGCCAGUAAGUAAAUCGUUUAGCUUUCUCAAAACAGUGACUCAAAAUCACUGUUCCAGAACGAGGCUUUAGAUUACAAACGACCAUCGUUUUAAGUGUUUCUUUCACAUUCCAGGAACAUUACAAACAUCCACAAUCAACAGCUUUAGUCGAGUCCUUUUAUGGAAUAUUAAAGGGAUAGUUCAGCCUUUUUGAAUAAAAGUUGUAAUUAUUAUCAGUUAACCACACGAGCAGCCUUGGUUUACAUUUUAAUGGAUUGUUAAAGGAGACAUAUCGUAAUUUUUCCAUUUUGCAACUAAAUCAUUCAGUUGUGGUUCAAAUAUAACAUGACAUCAGUUCUUGGGUCUGAUUUCUCCUCCCUUACCAUGGUUCUGAGGAGAGUGUGAAAAUGACCCAUUUGGGUUCUGUCUCUUUAAAUCUGAAGGAAGAGCUGCAAGCCCACCCCCAUCCACGUUUCAAAGUUCACUCUCCACCCUAGUCAGACAUUUUAGUAGUUUUAUAGAGAAACAGUUGUUUAGCGUAGCAGAAACGUUAUAUUUGCAUUUUUAAAUGUGGAGAGAUUUGUCCACCCAGCUGUGUCUCAGAGCUGCCAACUCUCAAGCAUUAAUAGUGAGACACACGAAAGUGAGGGACAGUUCAGAGAGGCAUGUGGAUCUAAUCACCGGACAUUCAGAAUUUUUCUAAAUGGACUACAAAGAAGAUAAAAUGGUGGAUGAGCUCUGUAUAUAGCUGCAGGGCUGCCAACUCUCACGCACUGAGUGCCAGGCACUCUGUAUAGCUCCAGGCACCAACCCCAUGACCCCAUCUCACUCUUUGAAAUGGUCAAAAGUUGGCAGCCCUGUAGCUGGAAAUCAAUCACCACAAUUACCCCAUUAAAUGGAGAACAAACAGAAAUAGAAAAUUGAGAAAACUGAACAGGUCAACAUAUAUGACCAAAACGUUAUUCUAGAAUUUCUAAUUAUCACCAAAAUGACUAGUUUACUUCUUUUUGCACACCUGGAGACUUAAAAUGCUCAACACAUUGUAUUUAACCCUGCCACUGUCCUAAUGGGUGUGACCCCAUGACGAAAGUGGACCAUUGAGCAGGGUUGAUGGUUCAUCCCUUGGGUCCAUGUGGCAGGAGUGAGGAGUGAGCAACACCUCACCCCUGCCACAUGGACCUCAAGGGAUAAACCAUCAAUCCUGCUCAAUGGUCCACUUUCCUCACAGGGUCAUCCAUAAAGACUGUGGGAGGGUUAAAGACUUAAAAAGUGGAUUUUUCAUGAUAUGUCUCCUUUAAGCUAAUGGCAGGUCUGACUAGUGUCCUAAAUCAGCUUCAAUCUCCUGAAUUUUAUUUAGAAAAUGAUUUUAAAAUAUCUGCACUGGUGUCAAUUUUACAUUUUUGUUUUGUCAUGUCAUACGUAUUAACUCAAUCACUGCCAGCGGUUUCCUGAUUGGUAAAGCCCUUCGCGGCCAGCGUUUCUCAUCGUUUUUACUGCUUUUUAAAGAGUCACAGAACGUUGCGUGCUAGGAUGAUGUCAAUGCCAAAACUACGAAAAGAAAGAGUAGACUCACCUCUUACGCCAGGAAGAGUCGGCGUGUUUCAAGUGUUAUCCGUUCUUUCAUAAUCCGUUGUCGAAUUGUGAUCGGCAGAAGCUUUUCCGGUUCACAUCUCACUUUUUUUACAGCAGCGACCCAAAAUGAUCUAACACAUGGAUUUUCUGCUUCCUGAACACGUGAUGUGUGACGUAUGUGGAUGAAGAUUGGCUUUAGAGCUGAGAUGUUUGUUCUCACGGUGCGGGGGCUCGUUCCGAUGCCCACACAGUAAAAAAAUGCAUAUUACGACUUUAGUCGUCAAAGGCAGUGAACGAGUUAAGAAAUUCAUACUGAAUCCAUGUAUGCACAUUUAGCUCCUUUUAGUUAUAUUAGUGCUUGUCAAUAAAACACAUAAUUCUGUGUAAUGUGAAACCCAUUUAAAAAUGUAUAAACUGCAAUUAAAUGUUGGUCCCAGUUCUGCUCAGACUAGCCAUUAGCUCAUCAAUCCUGCUAACCUGUAAAAACUGAUUUCUAAGAAACUUUAAAAAAAGACAAAAUUUUAGACAUUUUAUUUUUAGUUUGAAAAGAAAGUGAAUUCUCCAGAAAAAUAGCAUUACUUAAAAUGUUAAUAUUCUUAAAUAUGAUCCAAAGUUUCUUGUUUUAAGUAAAAACAAUCUGCCAAUGGGGUAAGCUAAAGUUGAUUAGCUGUGUCUUAAAACUAGCUAAUGAAUCAAAAUGUAGACUUUUGCUAGUUUUAAGAACUCUAGCCAAGUAAUUUUUGCAUACUCCAUUUUUACUUUCUUAGAAAUCAGUUCUUGAUGUGUAUUCCUCUAAACAAGACAUUCAGAAAACUAUCUAAAACAAAGUACUGAAACAAUUGCAGCCUGCAAGCAAGACAAUCCUGAAAACCCUCUGUGUCCUCCUUGCAGAGACAUGCUUCAGUUCUGCUAAGAUCUGUGUCCCCACUAUUUUAACUCUGGUUUUAAAUAAAAGUGACUUUGGGCCAUGAAGGUGGAGUGGCGCAUGAUGCUCUCCAGGAUGUGUAAUUUGUCUUAAGGUAGGUUGCUCUGUAAGGUCCACCUCAGAUGCAUAAAAAUAUAUUCUAAUAAUCAAUAGAUAUGUUUUUAUAGCAGCAUUUAACAACAAAUGCAUUUCAAUGUAAUUCAGAAAAAAGAUCCACAUCUGUACCAUUGCACAUACCUUCUGUUUAAACCUGACUUAUUGUAAAACACCAUGAAUCCUUGUUUGUUUGUAAUCACAUUACACAUCUUUCAUCUGAUCUAUUUGUUCAAAGUUAAAUCUACUUGUUAAAGUUAACUUUAACUUGUUCAAUAUGUAAAAAUCAACUAUUAUUUCACUGCCCUGCCAUUCACAACUCAGCUGUUGUGUCUUUAGUAUUAACCCUAAGUACCCUAACGGCAGUGUUUUGUAAGGCUUUAUUCAUUGCAUGUUGCAAAUGUUAAUUGGUGUUUACCUUUUUUUUCAUGCAAUUAAAUUUCUUUACUUUCCUA